CGCCGUGAGAAGUCCGACCGGGAGAGGACAGGCUGGGAAAGCUUUAUACCUCGGGCGACUUGCGAGGCUCCAACUGCCGGGACAUAGUACAGAUUGGCGACGGCUCACUUCUUGACGUCGUCUUCAAGAGACCGACAACAAUUCGGAAGGCACGAACCAAUCUAUCAUGUCCAAAUCAAAACAUGUUAAGGUGGUGGUCAGAACCAGGCCGACGGCCGACAUUGCCGAGCAUAUGGUCCAAUUUUCGCCCGACAGAAAGGCUGUGCAUGUACACAUUCCCAAGAGUGCUGAAGGAGGCUUCAUCAAUAACCAACAGGAGGAUUGGGAUUUCCGGUUUGACAGUGUGUUGCAUAACGCAUCACAAGAAGCGGUGUAUGAUGAAUGUGCGAGUUCCAUACUGAAAGGGUUGAUGGAAGGGUACAAUGGAACCAUCAUGGCUUAUGGACAAACCGGCGGUGGCAAGACCUUCUCCAUGACUGGAGCUUCGGAGAACUACAAGCACCGUGGUCUGAUACCGCGCGCCAUCUCUCAAGUCUUUCGGGACAUCAGCGACCGGCCACAAUACUCAUACACGGCGCGCAUCAGUUACAUCGAGAUAUACAACGAGCAGAUGAUCGACCUGCUUGGACCUGUUCCAGAUGUGAAAAGUGGGGAAACCGUGCUGAAUGUCGUUGAGGACCAGAAUGGGACGGCGCAAGUGAAAGGCCUCAACGUCCGGAUAGCGAAUACGGAGGAAGAGGCCCUCAGCUAUCUGUUUGAAGGCGAAACGACACGAUCCAUCGCCGAGCACCAGCUCAACCGCAACUCUUCCCGGUCGCAUUGCAUCUUUACAAUCUGGCUCGAAUCCCGAUCGCGAGUGGAGUCUUCGGAAAGGGUGUUGUACAGUAAACUCAAUCUCGUUGAUCUCGCUGGAUCUGAACGUCUCUCGAAGACGCACACAACUGGGUUGUCGUUGCGCGAAGCUAUGUACAUCAACAAGAGCCUGACGUUCUUGGAGCAGGUCAUCAUUGCACUUGCCGAUAAGAGAAGAGGACAUAUACCAUAUCGCCAAUCAAAGCUGACGAACGUACUACGAGAUGCGCUGGGAGGCAACUGCAACACCCUCAUGAUUGCGAACAUCCGAUGUGAACAGGAAUAUGUCGAGGAAACCAUCUCAACUCUCCGCUUUGCCACCCGAAUGAUGUGUGUGACCAAUACGCCGGAGCUGAACGUCCAAUACGAUCCGAUAGCGCUCAUCAAGAAGUACGAGCGAGAGAUUCGAGAGCUCAAGCAGGAAUUGUCUAUGCAUGAUACGCUGAGCAAUCGAGGACAUGUGCAGCACGAGCCCUAUACUGAGCCGCAGAAGCUUGAGCUGCAGAAGCAGGUCAAAGUAUUCCUGGAGAAUGAGGAGGAAGAAAUGGAGAUCGUCAGUCUGCGGCAAGUGAAGGAGAUCUUCCACCAGAUGCGGAUACUGUACAAAAUGCAAGAGCAGGAAAAUGAAGACUGGCAUCGGAUACAUAAGAACGCUGCUGGACCCGCGGCGGGCACAAAGGAUGACACAACGGCAGGGGGAAUACCGGGCAUCCGAAUUCCCGAUGAGAAAGAUGACGGUGUUGGCGAGCUGGAAGGCUCCAGUUUUGGCGUAGGAUUGGCACCAUCAAUGUCUCGUGGGGCUGGAGGUCUAACGGCUGCAGCAGGCAGUAUCAGGGGUGCAAAGGACAAAGGUCGGAAGGGCCGGCCACCAGCACCGCAGAGCAUCGUUUCUCUCGCUAGAUCAGAAAUAGACGAGGAUGAAACGAGAUCGGAGCUGUAUGGGGAACGGGACCGUAUUCGUGCGUUCAGCGCACAUGGAGACGCUCAACAGAGUGAAGCUGGCGGACUCCCACCUUUACCGAACGCUGCACAUUCUUCAAGAGUUCAGGCUCCACCACCGUCUCGUGCCGAAGAAUAUGAGGCGUUCAAGCGGGGAAGAGGAUCAGAUAUGAAUCGCAUCUUCAAUGAGAACAAAGCCAUUCUCAAAGACAAACGCAAGAACGCACGAGAGCUCGCAAAAUAUGUGAAUGACCUGCAAGCGCAGAUUGAUGUUUUGCGAAGAAACGUGGAGCAAAAGCGUCAGAGCCGGUCUGCCGGAGACGUGCAAAGCGGCGAUGAUAUCAUCAUCGACGAAGAAGAAUACGUGUUCUUGAACAAUCUCAAACAGCUCAAACAGGACUACCGUACGCAGUUCGACAAUCUUCGCGCGUUGCGUGCCGACAUUGGCUACUGCCACCAGCUUGUUGAACAGUGCCGGCAGAAACUGCUGAUGGAGUUUGAGCAGUGGUAUGAGAAUCAGUUUGGAGGACAGGUACCGGAUGAUGGACAUGAUGGUCAAGUCGAGGACAUCUUGGACAUCGGAGAGAAGUUUGAUAGAUUGCAAAUGGCUAGGAUGUCGCAAGAAGACCCCGACUCGCUGCCAUUUUACAAUGCGCGGAAAAACACUAUCAGGAAACAUCAGCGGGCAGGGCCAAAGAUCAAGCGUGUAAACAUAUAGAACUUCAGACUAUCAAUGCUACUUACAAUUGUAUCAAAUGUGGGGCUGGGUCGCAAGAUGCAUGAAUCCGAGUCGUGAGCUGACGAAAACUACAUACAUCGCUAUUCUCAU